GCGCGCCCUAGAGCCCCUCGACGACGCGGCGCAGAGGCUGAGCCGCCGCGUUGGCGACCUAUCGUCCACGUCGGACGAGGCCAAGGCCAGCCUCGAGUGGGCCGCGAGGAAGGGCGGCGUCGGCGCGUCGAUUAUGGACAAGCUCAACAUCACCAAGGAC